AUGCUACUGGCGCGGCGCCGAGCACAGCGGACCUCCGACGGCCAUCCGAUUCAACCCCAGCCAGAAACGCCGCAAGCUCCCCAGCCUGAUCCUUCUUCAGCGCCUCAGCCUGAUCCUGCUGCCGUGUCCGAGCCGGCUUCUCAAGAACAUGAACAGCCUGAUCCUGGUGCCGCGUCCGAUUCGGAUUCUGAAGGGGAUGAACAGUCUGAUCUUGAUACCGCGUCCGAUUGUGAUUCUCAAGUGGGUGAAAAGUCUGAUCAUGCUGGAGUGUCCGAUUCGGAUGUCGAAGAGUUCCACCAGCCGGCCGUCGAUGCGGCAACGAAGGCGGUGUGCGAAGACCUCCUUCUUCCAGAGGGUCAGGACACUGAAGACCUCCUGCGCGUCACUCCGCUACAGUUCCCGCAAGACCCGGAAACUAAGGCAAAACUGUUACAGUUGGCUCGCCGUGUGCGGCCUUUGCAGUUACCUCGGAAAGGAGGUUUCUCUCUCCCCAUUACGGCGAACAUUGAAGAAGCUAUGAGCCACGUGACUGAUGGCCUCAACGUCGACGUUAGCUACGCAACUGCUUUCGCACAACCCCACUUUGAAAAAGUUAUUGAAACAUCUCCCCUACGACGUUUCGCUGAAGCAUGCGAGAAGGGAGCCAGUACCCCCGCGGAGCGAGAGAGACAAGCCUUUUGGAGUAGGAUGCUGAAACUGUACACCCUCCGUUCAACGGCAAGGAGCGAGCAACAGCAAUUCGCCGAUGUUGUAGGUGCGAAGUGGCUGGAGGAAAACGAAGCAGUUUAUUCAAGUUUUUACCUUCGGAUGUCGAUUGCCACGAUGGAGCUGCAGCGAUUAUACUUUGUGAGGUACAUUGCGGCUGCACUCGACAACGGGUGGACUCUUCUGGAUACGGACGGCAAGCCUAUGCCAGCGGAAGUGACGCAGACCUACUUCAUCCAUUUGGAAAGACACAUCCAGGUCAACCGUGCGCGGCUGAAGCUGUUCUUGUGGAAAUUGGCAAACAGGGAAGACGAGCUCAGUCUGGAAGAGAAACAGACGGCGGAUCGUAUCAUAUCAGACAACGACCUAACGCAAACCCCCAGCGGGAGGCCUCUUCCCCCCUUCGAAGCCAGGAUGUUUACCCUUGGGUGGGCUCCUCGCAGGGGCUAA